ACAUACAUAUAUAUUCUUAUACAUUAUAAUCAACGACUUUCAAUCAACCAAACCAUCAAUCAAGCCAACAAUCAAGCGAACAUAAAUACAACCCUAUUUAUAAAUAAAAAUAUUCGGAAAAAAAAAAACAAAAAAACAUACUCAGACGCUGCUGUGGAGUGGUCGUAUAAAACCAUCAAGUAUUAUUAGCAUCUAAAAAGAAAAAGCGAACUUAGACUCGGAAAUCAGCCUCAGAAAAACUCUCAGAACGAGAGGAUCAUCCAUAAACAAACUCAGUCGGAAAACUCAUCGCAUCCUCAACGGAAGAAGCCUCAAGCAACAGAGAAUUAUUUAUAUAUUUAGAGAGAGAAAUAUAUCUAAAUAGUAAGGAUCACUGUGUGGCAGGUAUAAAGGGACAACGCUAAGGAUAACGUAAGGACUAAGGACAACAAAUCUAGGAUACAAUAGAAUACAGAAAAUAAAAACAAAAACAAAAAGGGACAACUUUUUCGCAACUUUGAAGGCUGACAAACAAAACAACACACAACAACAAACAACUUUUUUGAUAAUCCAACAAAAAUAAGCAGAAUACAACAACAACAACCACAAAAGCGUAAAGAAGAAGAGACUGAUUUUAAAAACUAAAGAAGAAGCAGAAGACGGAUAAGGAUAAGGGACAAGCAAAGAAGGAGACGAAGAGCAUCAUUGAGGCAAAAAGUGAUUCAGGAUCAAAUCCACAACAAAAAUAAAUCAACUUUCCAUACAACAAAAUAAAAUAUACGCCAUUUAUUAAUCGAUAUAUUACGAUAUAUAAAUAUCGAAAUUUUUGUGCGACUUUUCCUUUUGACAAAUAAUCCCCCAUGUUGAAGAAACUCAAGUGCAUGGAGGCGGCACAGGCAGCAGCAGCAGCCGCCGCUGCAGCAUCCGCCUCUGGAUCGACUUCGGGCACCCCAAAACUGAUCAAAACCGAACCGAUCGACUUUGAGAUGCUCCACCUGGAGGAGAUCGAACGGGAGCCGAGCAGCAGCAGCAGCAACAGCAGUAGCAGCGGCAGCAGCAACAACAGCAGCAACGCUGCCACAAUGCCCCAGAGAUACACCCACGUCCAGGUGCAGACAGUGCCGCCACGUCAGCCCACGGGUCUGACCACGGCCGGGGGCACACAGAAGGUGAUACUCACGCCGCGAGUGGAGUACGUCCAGCAGCGAGCCACCAGCACCACCGUGGGUGCCCUUAAGCACAUUUACACCCAGCAGCAGGUGGCAUCGAGCGGCGGUGCCAGCGCCGCACGUCAGACACAAACAGAGGCCACCGCCGUGGCCCUGUCGGGGUCACCGCAGAUCAUCAUCACACGAGCAGUGCCCAGUCAGCAUCUGUCGCGUCGCCACUCGGCCAGUCCCUCCUCCCUGCACCACUUCCAACAACAGCAGCAGCAACCACAGCAACAACAGCAGCGUCAGCAGCAGCAGUCGCCUCCGCCGCUGCACCACCAACAGAAUCAGCAGCACGUGCGGGUCAUUCGGGAUGGUCGGCUGUACGAUGAAACCACUGUGGUGGUAGGUGGUGGUGCACGUCGUCUGUCCGUCUCGCCGCCGCCCCUCCACCAUCACUCGCGCUCGGCGCCAGUCUCCCCAGUCAUCAACAGACGCGCUGGGGCAGUAGUAUCCUCGGGUGGCUACAUGGAUCAGCAGCAGCAAUAUCAGCAGCGACAGACGCCACCGUUGGCGCCGCCACCACCGCCUCCACCGCCACCCCCUCCGCCUCCACCUCCCCAACAGCAACAACAGCAGCAGCAGCAGACGCAGUACAUCUCCAGUGGGGCAUCACCCACACCCACAGCGGCUGCACGCAAAUUCUUGGUCAGCACCAGCACGCGACACGUGAACGUGAUUGCCUCGAAUCACUUCCAGCAACAGCAGCAGCAGCAACAUGUGGUGGCAAGCGUUAGUUCCAGCAGCAGCAGCAGCUCCUCGGCCAUCUCCUCCUCGGCGGCAGCCAGCUCUUCUUCCGCCACUUCGCACAUAUUUCGUACGCCCGUCGUCUCCAGCAGCAGCAGCAGUAUCAAUCAGCAGCACCACCAACAACAGCAGCAUCACCACCAACAGCAGCAGCAACAGCAGCAGCAACACCACCAACAACAUCAGCAACAAUCGAAUAUGGGAAACUCUGCCAUGCGUCCACCACCGCCUCCGCCACCGCCGAAGGUCAAGCAUGCCCCCGGCUCUACCAGCAGCAGCAGCAGCAGCAAUUGCAACAACAGCAAUGGCGAGGAGCCGUCUAGCUCGAUUCCUGAUCUAGAAUUUGACGGUACCACGGUGCUGUGUCGUGUUUGCGGAGACAAGGCCUCCGGUUUCCAUUACGGCGUGCAUUCCUGCGAGGGUUGCAAGGGCUUUUUCCGUCGCUCCAUUCAGCAGAAGAUCCAGUACCGGCCCUGCACCAAGAAUCAGCAGUGCAGCAUUCUGCGUAUCAAUCGCAAUCGGUGCCAAUACUGUCGCCUGAAAAAGUGCAUUGCCGUCGGCAUGAGCAGAGAUGCUGUGCGCUUUGGUCGCGUGCCGAAGCGAGAGAAGGCGCGCAUCCUUGCCGCCAUGCAGCAGAGCACACAGAACCGGGGCCAGCAGCGUGCCCUGGCCACAGAGCUGGACGAUCAGCCCCGUCUGUUGGCCGCCGUCCUGCGCGCCCAUCUCGAGACGUGCGAAUUUACCAAGGAGAAGGUUUCGGCCAUGCGGCAACGGGCCCGCGAUUGCCCCUCCUACUCGAUGCCAACAUUGCUGGCCUGUCCCCUCAAUCCCGCCCCCGAGUUGCAAUCCGAACAGGAGUUCUCGCAACGCUUCGCACACGUCAUUCGUGGCGUGAUCGAUUUUGCGGGCAUGAUACCCGGCUUCCAGCUGCUCACGCAGGACGACAAAUUUACGCUCCUGAAAGCGGGCCUCUUCGAUGCGCUGUUCGUGCGUCUGAUCUGCAUGUUCGACUCGUCGAUCAACUCGAUUAUCUGCCUGAAUGGACAGGUGAUGCGUCGCGAUGCCAUCCAGAAUGGGGCAAAUGCCCGCUUCCUGGUGGACUCCACCUUUAACUUUGCGGAGCGCAUGAACUCGAUGAACCUCACAGAUGCCGAGAUCGGCCUCUUCUGCGCCAUCGUCCUGAUCACACCCGAUCGCCCGGGACUGCGCAAUCUGGAGCUCAUCGAGAAGAUGUACAGCCGCCUCAAGGGCUGCCUGCAGUACAUUGUGGCCCAGAAUCGGCCCGAUCAGCCCGACUUUCUCGCCAAGCUGCUGGAAACGAUGCCCGAUCUGAGGACCCUCAGCACCCUGCACACCGAGAAGCUGGUCGUCUUCCGCACCGAGCACAAGGAGCUGCUGCGUCAGCAGAUGUGGAGCAUGGAGGAUGGACAGGAUGGAUCCUCUGGCAAAUCCCCAGCCGCUAGCUGGGCCGAUGCCAUGGAUGUGGAGGCGGCCAAGAGCCCAUUGGGCUCUGUGUCCAGCACAGAGUCGGCGGAUCUCGAUUAUGGUUCACCCAGCAGCAGCUCAUCCAUGCAACAGCAGCAGCAGGUGGGUCAGGCCUCUGCCUCACCGCCGCAACCGUCGGCAUUGGCCAGUUCGGCCCCACUUUUGGCGGCCACCCUCUCGGGCGGUUGUCCUCUGCGCAAUCGCGCCAAUUCCGGCUCCAGUGGUGAUUCCGGUGCCGCCGACAUGGACAUUGUCGGCUCGCACGCGCAUCUCACACAGAACGGCCUGACAAUCACGCCCAUUGUGCGGCACCACCUCCAACAGCAACAGCAGCAGCAGCAACAGCCCCACCCCCACCACCAGCAGCAGCAGCAGCAGGCGCACGCCCAGCAGCAGCAGCAGCAGCAUCCCACGCAGCAGCAUCAGCACCAGCAGCAUCCGCAGCUGCAUCACCACCUGACGGCGGGAGCAGCGAGUCGCUACCGUAAGCUGGACUCGCCCACGGACUCGGGCAUAGAGUCGGGCAACGAGAAGAACGAAUGCAAGGCCGUCUCCUCGGGCGGCAGCAGCUCCUGCUCCAGUCCCCGUUCCAGUGUGGACGAUGCCCUCGAUUGCAGCGACGCGCAGGUGUCUGCCGCCCAGGCAGUGGCCGCCGUCAAUCCGCAGCUGAGCGUGGUGGCCGUCUCGCCGGUCCGCUCGCCCCAGCCCUCGAGCAGCGCCAAUUUGCAUCUGAAGCGCCAGAUUGUCGAGGAUAUGCCCGUGCUGAAGCGCGUGCUGCAGGCUCCUCCACUGUACGACACCAAUUCCCUGAUGGACGAGGCCUACAAGCCGCACAAGAAGUUCCGUGCCCUGCGCCACCGCGAAUUCGAGUCCGCAGAGGCGGAUGCCAGCAGCUCCACCCACAGCCUGGGCGCACUCAGUCCUCGCCAGAGCCCAGUCCCGGCCAAUGUGGCCACGCCGCCGCCACCAUCGGCAGGCAUGACGGGAGUUUCAGGGCCGGCCCAGAGCCAGCUGCAUAUGCACCUGACACGCGGCAGCCCCAGCAGCAGCCCCCAGGUGCAGGGCCCCAAGGUCUCGAUGGCAAGCUCCCACUCGGUGCUGGCCAAGUCGCUGAUGGCGGAGCCACGCAUGACGCCCGAGCAGAUCAAGCGCAGCGACAUUAUCCAGAACUAUCUGAAGCGCGAGCCGGGCACCACCGCAAUGGCCAGCAGCACCACCUCCUCCUCGGCGAGCAUUGGCGGACGCAGCCCCAGCAGCCAUUGCGCCUCACCCUCUACCAGCAGCCCGCCGCCGCCGGCCCCGCAGCGUUGGGGCAGCAGUUCGGUGAUCACGACCACCUGCCAGCAGAGGCAGCAGUCGGUGUCGCCGCACAGCAAUGGUAGCAGCAGCAGCAGCAGCUCUUCCAGCUCCAGCUCCUCCUCGUCGUCCAGCUCCUCAUCCAGCAACAGCAACAGCAACUGCAGCUCCAGCUCUGUGGGCAGCUGCCAGUAUUUCCAGUCGCCGCACUCCACCAGCAGCUCCUCGGUGGCAGGCACAGCCGGCAACGGCGCUGGUGCCACAGCCACAGCCUCCUCCAGCCCCCUGCUGGAGCUGCAGGUGGACAUUGCCGACUCGGCCCAGCCCCUCAACCUGUCCAAGAAGUCGCCAACGCCGCCGCCCAGCAAGCUGCACGCCCUCGUGGCUGCCGCCAAUGCUGUGCAGCGCUAUCCCACACUCUCGGCCGAUGUUACGGUGACUGCCUCCAGCGGCGGUCCACCCUCGGCGGCGGCCAGUCCCGCACCGAGCAACAGUCCGCCAGCUGUGGCGACCGCGCACAAGGUCAUGUUGGAGGCAUAAGCUGGGAGCCCGUAGGCCUUGAGGUAAAGAAGUUGAAACAGAGACUGACACUGGUCCUUAGGGGGAUGCGAUAGAUAGAGAGAGGGACAGGGAGUGUGGAGAACAGAGGGGAUUAAGUUAUUUUAAAGAGUUUCGAGAGAGAGUCUUGUACAAAGAUUGGGAAAGGGGAAUGCAACCAGUAAUGAUCGAGUAAGAGAAAAACUAUAUUUAAAGUGAAGAAGAGAAACAGCAGAAAAACAGAGGAAAAACUAAAAGUUAUUAAUUUAAACCCAAGCUUGAAGGUAUUACCAGGAGAAAGCCAGAGACAGAGGAGAGGAAUAUGCAUAUAUAUUUUAGCAGUUAAACUUUAAAGUAGAGAGCGAAGAGUUCCCGAUCCCCCUUUUCCCCUCCACCCAAUCAGAUACCCCCGAUUGUUUUUAUACGUUUUAAGCACUAUUGUUGUACAUAUUAAUUAAUUAUUUUACAUUUAACUUAUGCUUACGGUUUAGUUUGUAGGUGCAAAAACUACUUUUGCUUUUUGGAUGUUUUUUGAAAAAACUGCAAAUUAUUAUUAUUAUUAUAUUAUGAUUAUUAAAUAUUAAAACAAACAAAAAAACCUAAAAAACAAAUAUGUGUGAAAUUUUAUUGUGCGAUCUCCGAAAGGCAGUUUAGCCACAAAUUACGAUUCAUUUUUUAUGAAUUUUGACUAAUUUUAUACGAAACUUGUUAUAGUUUUUUCUCCCUUCCUCCCUCUAUCUAUCUAUCCGUAUCUUUAGCUUUCGUUUUGUAAUUUCCCUUGGCACAAAAGAACACCCCCUACCCCUACUAUUCUUCGUAUGGGGUGAAAAAUAUUGUUUUCUAAUUUUAAACAAAACCUACCACAAAAAAUACAAUUAUGUAUAUGGAUGGAAAAUCAAACGAAAAAUGCUUAAAAAAAUGAUGGAAAAAAGAAGGAGAGCGGAAACCCAACGUUAAAUAUAUUUGUUGUGUACAUAGUUAAAUGUUAAAUUAAACAAAACAAAAACAAAA